UCAGAGGAGGAAAAAAUGGAUUGUUUUUUGUUUCAUCGGAGUAAACGAAGUCUUUCUUACUUGCAGGCAUAUGCAUGUCUUUCAGACAAUGUCAGGAGAAGAGCUUUUAACUCAGAGAGGUGGAAAUACUUCUGCAUUGAAUGCAAUAGAAUCCCAUAUUCAAAUGGCAAUUCUCUUGCCAAUUCACAGCAUUCCUCAAAACCCAAGAUGCAGGAUCCUACAAACUGUUCAAGAUCUAGUAGAGUUGUGCAUGGUUUAAAAGAUAUCAGGGAUAGAUUUAAAGAGGAAAUCAGGGUUAUAGAGAACUGUUUGAGGGUUAAUAGCUUGUCCAGGAGGGAAUCUCCCGUCUUUAACCCAUCAAACAAUCUUUGUCAGAGUAAGAUUAAACAUAAGAGUCAGGGAGAGACCCCAAUUUUUGAACCUUCAGAUUAUCCAUUACAAGGCUACCCACACUUGAGGAAUCAAAUUCACAAGAAACCUGAGAGCUUUUGGCACUUUCAAAGAGGAAAUGUACAGACAAGAGGAAAGUAUCAUUCCCCAAUCUUUGAGAAUGCAUCAGGAACAGGAAUGUUUAGGGGAAUGCUCAAGAGCAAACUUCUUUGUAUUCAUUCAUGAUCAUCAUUCUUUUUAGGAUCAAUUUAGAUUUGCUUGCAUUUUAAAAGGGAAAAAAAAAUCCCAAGAAUUCUUCUUUGCUCUGUUUUACAUUGUCAUAGCAAAACAGCUUCCCAAACCAAUGGCAGUUAUGCACAAUAAACAGCCCAAAAGGGAAGGCUUUUA